GAUCCCUCUCUUCCUCCAGAGAAAAGAAAACAGGCGAAUCUCACCCAGCUUCUGAGUGAUUCUCGGGAUCGAAAUAAACACUUAGGGGAAGAAAUCAAAGAACUGCAGCAAAGGCUGGGCGAAGUGCAGGGAGACAACAAGCUUCUUCGGAUGACGAUUGCCAAGCAAAGACUUGGAGAUGAAGAAGUUGGGGCCCGUCAUUUCGCCCCCCAUGAGCGCGAAGAUCUCGUCCAGCAGCUGGAGAAAGCACGGGAACAAAUUGAGACUCUCCAGCUUGAUCUUCAAGCGACGUUGGACGAGCUCCAGGAUGUGAAGGAAGAACGUUAUUUUUACCAAGAGAAGUCCGACAAGCUAAACCAGGAGCUGAACUAUGUUCUCGGGGGCCACGUUGACCGUAUUAUCGACAUAGAUGCUCUCUGUAUGGAAAACAGAUAUCUUCAUGAGCGAUUAAAACAAGUUCAAGAAGAGGUUCAUAUUCUGAAAUCAAACAUUGUGAAAUACAAGAACGCUCUAGAAAGAAGGAAAAAUUCAAAGGGCCACAGCAAAUCAAACAGCAGCGCCCUGACUGGGAUCCUUUCUGCAAAGCAAGUGCAAGAACUGUUAUCUGAAGAUCACGGCUGCAGUUUACCAGCAACGCCUCAGUCCAUUUCUGAUCUCAAAUCCUUGGCUACUGCUUUAUUGGAGACCAUCCAUGAGAAGAACAUGGUCAUUCAGCACCAAAGGCAAACCAACAAAAUCUUAGGCAACCGGGUGGCGGAGUUGGAGAAAAAACUAAGAACUUUAGAAAUUUCUGGGCUAUGGAGCCUCCCAGGUGGCAAGGAUACGAUUACAUUUAGCGAACCGGCUCUUCCCGCUAUCCAGAGGUCACGUUCGCCGUUGCUAACAUUGGUCGAGAAGCCCCCACAGAAUUUAGAAGAUCAAACAAGGCAGCCGCCAAUCACGUGUCCUGCUAAAACGGAACGGACUCUUCCGGAAGAAGCCGCUCUCCCUGCAGAGGACUCGCGCGGAAACCUCAAGAGCGGCCCUCAAGCCAAGAGUUUCCGUUCGUCGUCGUCCCAGGGUCUGUCAGAAGAAGGGGACCCCGGCGGCCUUGAGGAUGACCACGCCAAGCGGACCGAAGAUCGGUCGUCCACUUUGGAACUGGAGGACGGAGGAAGAGAAGGUCCGACAGGCGAACAAGGUGGAAGCCCUGGAGAACCGGACAGCGUUGCUGACGGGGACUCUCCCGUCUCCAGCCCUCCUCCCUGGAGUUCCAAAGAAGCAUCCGAGCUGGAGAAGAGACCUCUGGCUGAAACCCAGACUGGGGAAGAACUGAGGGGCGCCCUGGAAAACGGGGUAGCAUCGUGUAGCUGAAGACCACCAAAGGAAACCCAUGGCCAUGCUGGAUGUUAAAGACGCUUUAUUCUUUCAGCUUCAAGCUCGAGUUACAUUCCAAAUGAGACACUUGAAGCUACGAAGGUGGAAGAUAUUUCUCCUCUUC